UUUUUUUGGCAAUUGCAGCCCCCCUUCCUCUCCACGACACAAGACAUGCGAGGAUGAGGCACACCACUCACACGAACCUAAGGCUUCUCCAACACCAACCGGUGCCUUGGAUGUGCCUCUGGUGAGGCGCAUGCCAAAGCGGUGUGUGCGCUGCGGCGGCUAGCGGCGUCGCCAACGGUAAUGCCGAGGAUGGGCCUGUGUCAUCGACGGCCAUCCCCGCCGUCUCCGCUCAACCACUUCAGGGUUGUGUCACCGCUGCCACGACGACGGGAUGAGCCCGUGGAGAGGCAGGCGGAUGCCGCGCAAGAAACGGUGAACGCGCCGCCUACUCCUUCCACCCCCACGGCGGAGCAUGCUUGUCCCAGGCUUCCACCCGUACUGCCGACCACGCCGGCAGCCGGCCGUCAGCGAGCUCCUGUCCGCCACUCCAGCCCAGAGCCAGUCCGCGGCCGAGGCUUGUGCCAAGACGAUGCAACUUGUGCGGCACGAUCCAGUUGUGCGAGGAGGUCGAGGCAGCGAGUGGUAGACACGGACCACCGAGCCAGGACCUGCACCAGGCGAUGGCGACCAGGACGUCCCGCGGUAGCGGUGCGGCCAAGUUUCGGACACGGGUAGGGGCGAGCCCGGUGGUCCGGGUGAGCUCGACCGACCCCGUGGUGCGGACGCUGCUUGCCGAGCUUUACGAUGCGACCACAGGCGGGGCGAGCGGCGGCGACGAUGGCGACAAUGCAAUUGCCUUCUUCUGAGGACGCGGCAAACUAAGGUAACAGGUAAAGAUUAAUCUCGCAUGC